AUGUCUCGCUUCUUAGACAGCGUUUCCACCAUCAUCGGCGUCUUUCACAAAUAUGCAAAGGAAGAUGGAGACUGCUCCAACCUCAGCCGAAGGAAGAUGAAAGAGUUCAUCCAGAGGGAGUUUGCAGAUUCCAUAGCUAAGCCACAUGACCUUCAGACGAUUGACAAGAUUCUGCAGUUUCUGGAGUGGGAUGGUGAUGGGGAAAUAGAUUUUAAUGAGUUCCUGCUUCUGGUGUUCAAAGUGGCUAAGGCCUGCUACUGGUACCUGCCGAAGGGACCAUGCCUUCUGCAAAGAACAAAGCUGACAACCAGUGGCAAGUCACUUCGAGAGCCUGAAAUUAAGAAUGGAGGGAGCCGUUGGCAGCUCCAGGAGGAGGAAAGACAAACCUGUGAGAGUAAUCAUCAUUCCCCCUGUGACUCUCAGCUGCAACGAGACACCAGGGUCAGCGAACUUGAAGCACUAGAGGAGAUAAGGAGUCAUCACCAGCAACAUAACACACAAAGCACAAACAAUGCAAAACGAAGCAGCGACCAGGAGGAGCCAAUCACUCAGGUAUACGAAGAACGAAGCCAAAGGCCAUACAACCAACGGAACAAUCAGAGAAGACGUCAACCACCAGAGCCAGACAGACGAGGAGAUGCACAACUCUGCAAGCAUGGCUGCUUGCAAGCACAUGAGCCCGGACAGCGGGAAGAUGAAAGGCAAAAUCAAGAGCGGCCUCAGAUAGCACAACUGGCAGACAUGAGGACUCGUAACAAGACCGGUGAACCUCAACCACUGCCAAACCGGUGGAGUAGCCAUCAGCCACAUGAGCCAGCACUACAAGCAUAUGAUCAAAAAACACAGAAGCCACAAAAAAGAGAUAGAGGAAGUUGCAAUCAGACACGUAAAUCUGAAUUAGUCAGAGAAGAGAGAAGCCACUACCACCUACGUGACCUGGAACAAAAAGAAGUUGAAAAUCUUAGCCACCAGCCGCAUGACCCUAAAUGCCUGGACUCAAGACGUCCACACCAAUCAUAUCUACAGGAACCGCUAGAAAUUGACCUCAGGCACUAUGACACAGAUAAGCCAGAAAGAGAUAUAAAUGAAAAAGGGAAAAAAACCGAACGUGAGCUUGAAUAUCCAGAAAGUCAGAAAAAAAUCCAUCAGGAUCAGACCAGGGAAGAACAAUAUGAAGAAAGGAGGAAAGUGCCC